AAUGUAGGAGUUAACAGAACUGAAGAACUUAGUUAUACAAUCUCUUGAGGCUAAUGGAUCUCUAGCAAAGAUAAGAGCUCAGAUAAGAGCCUCAGUCUUUAAUGUAGUUGAUCAACAGGAAGGCAAUAAUAAAAAACCAUCUCCAUUUUUUUGGGAAAAUAACAAAGCCCAAACUAUUUAUGAACUGGGAUGUGGAAGAGAUAUGCUAGAAUUAAUUAAAGAAUUUUUACUAUUUUUUGAAAUGCACUACACAAACUCAAUUUUUUCAAGGUAUUGAGUAUCAAUACAAUUAUAGCGAGAGCAACUUAAGAGAAGAAAUCAAUAGAGAUUAGAUUGCCAAAAAAUUGAAUAUAGAUGCCGCUGAUUCAACUAAGCCCUUAUUAUACUUUUUGUUAAAAAAUAGAUAGCCUGAAAAAAAAUCGUAUUUUUUAAAUUACAUAUUAUAUUAGGGAAGAAAAAGUGUAACCAUAAAAAAUUGCACUACCCUCCCCAAAAGAAGCACAAAUAUAGUAAUAGUAAUAACAAUAACAAAAAUUGCAAGAUCAAAAACUUUAAGAAUAAAAGAGACAGGAUGAAUUAAAGAAGUAAGAGGAAUUUAAAAAGUUGGAAGAACAAAAAAAGUAGGAUGAGUAAAGAAAAUUGGAUGAAUAAAAAAGAUAAUAAUAAGAAGAACAAAGAAGAAUUGAAGAAUAGAAGAAAGAUUAGUUAAGAAAACAAUAGGAAGAAUAACGAAAAAUGGAAGAAUUAAAAAAAUAAUAAGAAUAAUAAAAACUUGAAUAGCAAAAAUAAGAAUAAUAAAAAUUAGAACACUAAAAAUAAGAAUAAUAAAGAAAGGAAUAGGAAAAGUUGAAAGAAUAAUAAAAAUAAUAGGAAUUGCUGAAAUAAUAACAAGAAAAAGAGAAACUUGAAGUUGAAUAGAGAAAAGCACAAGCUAAAAAAUUCGAACAUAGAAACUACGAAGAUGAGAAGUUUGAUAACGAGGACUUAGAUGAAUAAUUAGAAGGAGAAGUAUAGAUAUUAUAAUAUGAAAGGAUUUGAGGGAUUCUUAAUUGCAAUAAGAUUAGUUUUAAGAGUCGGAUGAAUACAUGCAAUAAUCAUAAUCAUAAGGAAUAGACAUGACUGUUGAUUCUGAAGCAUUGAAUGAAUUCGAUUAUUAUGAAGAUAUAGAAGAAAUGGAUUGA